GAAAGAGGAGGACGGAGAGAGGAGAACUGUGUUACUCGCUCCCAGCAAAGCCAAAGAUACCUGGAGUCCUGAUUCCUGCUGCUGAGCGGACCAGAGCACACAGCAGCUGAGAUUUACUUUGGCUGCAGAGGCAGAGAACUCUUUAACUCACCUGGACAGCACAUAAAGAAACUCACACUUUGCAUAUACACUCACUUUUGAGCUGCUCACCUCCUCGUCCACUUCUCACAAAAGUCGUGUGAGCUCCCAGUCCUGUAUCCUGCUGUCGUGCCUGCUGGACAGCCAGCCAUGUCGUGGGACUGUGGCCUGAAGCACAUGUUCUCUGUGUCCCCCGCACUGCAGCCGGGGAGCAUGUGCAUCCUGCACGACAAGGAGGACCUGUCCAGACUGGAGAUGGUCCAGAGACUGGCCAAGGACGGCUACCGCUUCCUUCAAAACCACAGCAAGGGCCCAGAGAGGACAUGUGAGCCCCAGAGUGGCGAGGCAGUCCGCGUCUAUCUGAGGGAGAGGGGCCACGUUGUGCUUGUUCUCCAGAGAGUGUCAUCAGAGCAGCCAGCCCUCUCUGCAUCAGCGAGGGGAGGAGGCAGGGAGGAGGAGGACUCUGACUCUGUUGUGUCUGACAGGUACAUGGUGGUGUCAGGAACCCCAGAGAAGGUCCUGGAGCACUUGCUCUAUGGCCUGGCACUGGACGAGGACCAAGGGACAACACAGGGCAAAGAGUCAGACACACUUGCAGAUGACUUUCUGCUGACCUACCCGGUGUUCAUGUCGACCAGUGAUUUGUGUCAAGCUCUGCUGGGACACUAUUGUACCAAGCACUACAGAGGGAAAGAGGACAGGAAGGAGGCGCUGGAGAGGAAACAAAAAGUCCUGCACCUGGUGUCACAGUGGAUGUGUCUCUGCAAAGACUUCCUGAGAGAAGACGAGAACGUCAAGCUGUUCAUGAAGACUCUGUGCCGGUACGUGUUGGAUGACCUUUACGAGCACCCAGCCCUGGAGACAGAUGUGAGGGAGCUGCAGAAACUUUACCAUCUGCAUCGGAGACACAUCGCGGAGGAAUAUUCCCCUCAGAGAAAGAGCAAAGCACUUUCCCACCAAGUGAGCUUGAAGGAGAAUGGGCUUCAGUCGAGAGGCACAAAGAGGGAGAGCAAGGAAGUGUUGUGUCAUUUAUACAUCACCAUGGACUCAUACCUGAGUAUGAAGGCCCACGCCGGUGUACUGGCCCAGGAUCUUCUCCACACAGUGGCAGAAAGGAUGGAUGUCCCUGAGGAGGAACUCAUACUUGUGGCCGUGACUUAUCCUGGAGAGAGGCUCCUCCUGCAGCCUCAGGACAGAGUUUUCUCUGAGUCUUCCCAGCAGGUGGGGAGGUUGCACAUAUGCAGGAAGGAUCCAGGAGAAGUCCUGUAUCCGUUCACGGACAACUCGGAGCUGCAGCAGAGAACGGCCCGCAUGUUUGGUUUAAACACGUGGGACGUGGCUGUCGCCCUCACCAACUUUGACUGGAACAUCUUUGACACAAUACAUGAGCAAGAACUGGUCUACUUCACCUUCGGUCGUCAUGCGAGCAGCAACCACACUGUCGCAUUGGAGCUGCUGCUGCAGCGCUGCAACGAGGUCCAGCUGUGGGUGAUGACUGAGGUGCUGCUGUGUCCAACGCUCUGCAAGAGAGUUCAAAUCAUCAAGAAGUUCAUCAAGAUCGCUGCCCACUGUAAAGCACAGAGGAACCUCAGCUGUUUCUUUGCCAUUAUAAUGGGUCUGAAUGCUGCAGCAGUGAGUCGCCUCAGUCAGACCUGGGAGAAAAUUCCCGGGAAAUUCAAAAAGCUGUUUUCAGAGCUGGAGACUGUUACAGAUCCCUCGCUGAACCACAAGGCCUACAGGGACUCCUUCAAGAAGAUGAAGGCGCCAAAGAUCCCAUUUCUUCCUCUGCUACUGAAAGAUAUCACAUUCAUUCACGAAGGCAACAAGACGUUUCACGAUAACCUGGUCAACUUUGAGAAACUGCACAUGAUUGCAGACACAGUGCGGCUCAUCCGGCAGUGUCAGACAGAUCACAUGGGAAAUGGCAUCAUCCAGAAGAGCAGCCCUGAAGUGAGAUCCUACAUCGAUUACCUUCAUAUCAUCGACAGUCAGCAGACUCUGUUUGACCUGUCGCACAGGCUGGAGCCCCGGGGUAUCUAGAGGGCUGCUCCGACUGCACCACCCAGCCUCUCACGCUGUCACAUUUCCCCAAGAACAAUGUGCCACUGUCUCCUCAAUCUCUCAGGACACGAGUCACAGGAACGCUGCAUGAUCCUGAUCAACCACAGGAGGGAGCCACUCAAUCAGGCAUCUCUCUCGGGACCAUGAAGACACAUCUUUAGGUUAGAAUUAGGUCAGGCUGUUGCUGCCUGUUGGCAAGAUGUGACUGUUGCUCCUGCUGUUUCCUUCCUGUCCCUGCAGGUGGCACAGUUGAGCAGGUGAAAUGCAAAUCUAUAAGCGACCCAACAGCUCCCCCCUGUGGUGUAAAACAGAAGAGAUUGUUUGCAGGCAAAGUCCCUCACAUCCAAAAAAAAAAAAAAAAAAAAAAGCUACAAACGAUGAACAUGGAGAUUUUUUUUUUUGGCAUAAAUGUUCAAAUAUGAGAGAAAAGUCUACUCACUUGCCUUUUCAGACCUUUCAGUAUGUGACAUACCGUGAUGUAUCAUCAGAGUGUUUGGCAUCAUCAGUAGGAUUUAACCAAAGAGUAUUUCAGUUGUAUACUGUGUGCACACACACUUUUGUUUUUCUCAGUUUCAUAUGAUGUUUGUCAGACAUGCAGUCACUUCUGAAUCAGAGCAGUUGUGUACAACACGCCGUUGUCUUGACGAUAGAAACAAUAACAAUGGUUUACAAACCUGUGGUUAAAUGUUUAACAUGUUCAUCUAUGUUUGUCAUCAUCUAUUUUUUACAACGCAGAGUUCUCUUAUUAUGUUUCAUAUAGUUUGAAGUGUUGUGUAUUAGGUCAGGCUUCACAUAGUUCAGACGUAGUGCAGGAAAUUAUAGAACGAUAUGCAGUCUAUACUGUAUUACUUUGUGUACAUUAGUGCCAAAUACUACAUAUAAAAAAAGCCCAUUUUGAUGAAUUCUAACUGCUCAUUUGGUGUAAGGAUCUCCAUGAAGUUUAGCUUUGGACAAUCAGUGUAAUUAAGGAGCAGAUGUUCUCUUGGUCUCUAAAGUUCAGGUUGAAACACUUUUCUUUUGUGUAAGAGGAUCAGACAGUUUCAGGGGGAUUUGGUUGAAUUUUUUCAAAGAUAAUGACAGUGACUCACAGCUACGUCACUGUGGCACAGCUUAUAUUCCCAUGUUAAGAGGGAAAAAAUAAUGACAUAUUGUGUGUUUUGGGGAAGACUGUCCCUGUAGAAAUACUGCAGCACCUUUGGAACAUAAAGUAGAGAAUGAGGGAACACAGAUUUGAAGCCAUUUGCUCAUAUAUAUAUGUAAUGCGUAGCGCAAAGAAGGUGGUAUUUAUUCUCUAACUGAGUCAGUGAACGCUCACUCUUGCUCUAAGGUAGUAGAACACACUGAGAAGUGUGUAAAUGGAAUUUUUACGUGACAUUCUCCACUUUUUAGUUGUAUAUUUUAGGAUUUUAAAGCCCUCGGUGUACAUGGACAUAAAAAAAAACAUGCUUCCUUAUUUUUAUCACUAAUAUUGCACAGGUGAUUUAAUUUAUUGUGUAUAUAUGCGUGUUUUAAAAUUCUAGACAUGUACAAUUAUUUAUUUUUCAUGUAUUUAUUUGUUCUACAGAUAUUACGAGUAUUAAUUACCCCCCCUCCUUUUUUUGUACGCACUGUUUUGAAUUGGUCUGUAUGACAUGGGGGAAAAACCGUGGAAUGACCAACGGCGUCAACGGUGCAUGCAAUAAAAAUGUUUUUCAUCCUCA